CAACGGCCGGGGAUGCGGGCGAAGAAGCAAAGGCGUUGUCGUUUUCAGAGCGUUUGCAGGGCGAGGGAUCUCUGAUUGACGAUUCGACCCCAGGUAGGUAGUGCUGGAUGCUACCUUUAUUUGAGCGUCGGACCUCCUCUCCGCUGGCGAUUCAGAGGUCUUGAAUGUCUUAGUGGUUACUCUGCUUUGCUUCUCGAAGAGCCGGCGUUCAGGAGUCAUUGUUGUCCUUCGCUCGCACUGAACACUAUUUGUCUCAUCGCCCCUACUGUCAACGCCAUUGUAACUCGCCACCAUGGACAUCCCAACAGAGCGUCCUGCCAACGCCGACGAGACUCAGACGACUGCUGAGAUAGCCGUCGUCACAGCGGCGUCUGUUCUCGUCUUUGCUACCACUGUCCUGCGUUACAUGGGUCGAUGGGUCUUGCAAAAGCGGUUGGAGGCAGGCAAAGGGCGCAGCGGCGACAAGAUCUGGGGCUUGGAUGACUUGUUCAACGUGCUGGCCGUUUUGUCCUUCUUUGGACUCGUCGUGGCGGUCGCUAUCGCUAUCGAACGAGGAAUGGGCACCCACGUUACUCUGAUCUUGUACGAACGCGGCAUUCAAGGACUGAUCGACUAUAACCAGGCCAUCUAUGUAUCCGCCGUCUUCUACAACACCGUUCUCGGCAUGGUCAAGCUCAGUGUCCUUUGCUUGUACAUGCGAAUUCUACGCGGUGUACAAUCGCAAGCCCUGCGUACUCUUGUCUGGGCCGUCUUCGCCAUAGUCGCCGCCAACACGCUAGCCAACGUGACCGUUGCGAUCUUCCAGUGCUGGCCAAUUAAGGCUGCCUGGGACGUUACGAUAACUGCCGAUCAAAAACGAUGUGUCCAAAUCAACGCCUUCUACCUUGGCAACGCGAUUACGGGCGUGACCACGGAUGCGAUGGUUUAUCUGCUCUCGAUUCCCAUCGUCAAGCCUUUGCAGAUGGACAGGAAGACCAAGUUGCAGCUCUUGGCUACGAUGCUCGUUGGUGGAUUCGCUGUGGUUACCUCAGCCGUUCGCUUGGGCUUCAUCCCCGCCCUUCUGAAGGAUCCCGAUGUCUCCAUGGCCAUGGGUGUCCCAAUGAACUGGAGCGUCGCCGAACCUGCUGUAGGUAUCCUCGUGUCCAGCGGUCCCGCCAUCCGCGCGCUUCGCUUCCUCUUCCGCAAGCCAGGCGAGGACUCCUACGGCUCCGGCGCAGCCCAGUCCACCCUCCGCAGCCGAAAUGGUCACAUCCAACUCUACGACAUGAAGACCGAUGCGAAAGACGUGGAGAGCCAGAAGACGAGGGAUCCUGAUAACGACAGCGAGGAGUAUCUCGUGGUUGGCAAUCCUGGAAUGAAGAGCCACGGACAGAUUUCCAGGACUACCGAGCUAGAGGUCUCGUACUCCACGAAGUAGAUGCGGCUCAUGAGGGGUGUGUUGAAGAAGGGUAAUGUAGAUGCCGACGUCGUGAGGACAUGUAUUUACGGCCGACGUAACCCACUGUUGAACGAGCGCUGGCGCAUCGAGACUCGUCCCGUCGACUCUGGACUCGUGGUCAUUGUUGAUGUAUCAAUUACCUUCUCGUCGCUCGUUCAACUUUUGAUAGGGAAAUAUAUCUAAACCUGGUUAGCGAAGAUGAUCUCGAUCCUCAGAAGCACUGCCAAGACGCAGGGCCGUGAAUGGCCAGAUCCUGUGAUCUGAGCGGGAGAAAGCCAAGAGGUAUCCCCAUCAUCGCAUCAUUGCAUCCUGAGCCAUUCGUACAGUGCUCGUGGAAAUGAG